AUGCUACCGACUCCUAUAGUUAGAGACCUUGACGAGAAAGUUUACGAACCCGCAGAAGACUCGUUUCUACUUCUUGACUGUUUGGAGGAGAAACUUGACGCUCUCAAACAACGCAAGUAUCCCAUAGUAUGUGAAAUCGGUGCUGGAUCAGGCAUUGUGACAGCAUUUAUGAAAACCAGUAUAUUCCCAGGUGGAUAUUUUUUUGCUACAGAUGUCAACCCAACUGCAUGUCAGGCUAUUCUAGAUACAGCCAAAUACAAUUCUAAGGAUACCUACAAAAGUGUGGAAUCUUGUCAGAUGAGCUUAACUACAGCAAUUCGGAAGAACUCAGUGGACGUUCUAGUCUUUAAUCCGCCGUAUGUUCCUGCUGAAGAAGUUCCUGCUCUUCCUGCGGAAAAGAUGGACGACAAAUGGCUCGAUUUGGCAUUACUUGGAGGAGAGGACGGCAUGGUUGUAACUUGGGAGGUUCUCUUUAACCUUGAGUCGAUCUUGGCAGAGGGAGGAGUGGCAUAUAUUUUGUUUUGUGCACGUAACAAGCCGGAUGAUGUUGCAAAAAUCAUGAAAGAGAGGGGAUGGAACGUAGAGGUUGUUGUGCAUCGGAAAGCAGGAUGGGAGGUUCUCAGUGUAUUAGAAUUUAGGAAAUAG